UGGGUAAAAGAUCAGUAUCAAGAGAGAAGGUUGAGAAGAAGAAAAGAGAAUCAGGAGGUAAACGUGGUUCAGAAGUAGGAGUUGGAGCACCCCUCAUCCCCUGGAAGGAUAGGAGCAAGGAGCCUCCUGUCAAUUCAGGAGGCUGGCGCUGGAAGGGGGAAGGAGUUGUGGCCAAAGUAUAUCUCCAUAAUGAAGAUUAUCCUGUGGACCGUAUCACCUACCAGUGUAUGCGGCAUGAUGAAGGAGAUGAAGAAGUAAAGAUUAAGGACUGUAUUCUUUUAGCUUCAGGAAACAGGAAAAAAGAUGUUCCAUUUAUUGCAAAGGUGACAGCUCUAUGGGAGAAUCCUGAAGAUGGUGAAAUGAUGAUGAGUAUUCUAUGGUUUUAUCGACCUGAACACACGGAUAUUGGCAGACAACCUGAAGAUCUUCCUAUAGAAGUAUUUGCUAGCAAACACAGGGACCACACAUCAGUCGCCUGCAUAGAGGAUAAAUGUUUUGUCAUGACGUUCAAUGAAUAUUGCAGAUAUAGCAAGUUCUGUCGGAUGGUUGAAGAGGGUGUAUCUCCCUCCUGGAAUAUAGUUCCUGAGCUAGGGGGCGGGGAGAAUUAA